AUGGCAUCUAGCACGCUACUCCGAGCAGUCACUGGCCUAGCUGCCGCAAACCUCGCCCUUUCCACCUACACAGCUUACAACAAUCACGCCCUCUUGGAACGCAACUACGAAGAGGCCGAAGCCCGCAUGGACGAGCUAGAAGGCACGCUACGGGGUCACAUCGGCAUGAUCGAGGAGUCACUAGAGCGCCUGGAGCAGAAGGCCGGAAGCCAGGGACUCGGGAAGGGUAUGGGAGCCAAGGCAGAGGACUUGUAUCGUGGGCGUGGGAAGGAUGGCAAGAAAAGCAAGGCGAUGUAG